AUAUGGCGGUGUUGUAGUAAGAUGGAAAAUACCAAUUUACACUGUAUGUGUGAGUAAAACUGCAAUCAUAACGACCCUCACAACAAAUUUCGGCUCUUGCUGCACGGUGAGAGAGAUGGGAGCUAAUGCAUCCCAGCUCGAGAAGGAGAUUGGAUCAGAACAGUUCCCAGCCAAUGAGCACUACUUCGGCCUCGACAAUUUUGGGAACACAUGUUACUGCAACUCAGUGCUGCAAGCUCUGUACUUCUGUCGGCCAUUCCGGGAGAAGGUUCUGCAGUUCAAGCAGCAUCAGAAGAGCCAGAAGAAGGAGACGCUGCUCACCUGUCUGGCCGACCUGUUCUACAGCAUCGCCACACAGAAGAAGAAGGUGGGAACAAUUGCACCAAAGAAGUUCAUCACACGUCUUCGCAAGGAGAAUGAGCAGUUUGACAACUACAUGCAGCAAGAUGCUCAUGAAUUCCUCAAUUACCUGCUGAACACAGUAGCUGAUCUGGUCCAAGCGGAGAAGCAAGGCAACAAGGCCAAGAACAGCGGGGUGGACAGCAAGUCAAAGCAGGAGGUGACCUGGGUCCACGAAAUAUUCCAGGGAACUCUCACCAAUGAAACACGGUGUUUAAACUGUGAAACAGUGAGCAGUAAAGAUGAGGACUUCCUGGACCUCUCCGUGGAUGUGGAACAGAACACGUCCAUCACACACUGUCUGCGUGGCUUCAGUAACACCGAGACGCUAUGUGCUGAACACAAGUAUUACUGUGAAGUCUGCUGUAGCAAACAGGAAGCCCAGAAGCGAAUGAGAGUGAAGAAGUUACCCCAGAUUCUGGCGUUACAUUUAAAGAGGUUCAAAUACAUGGAGCAGUAUAAUCGAUACAUCAAAGUGUCCUACCGAGUUGUCUUUCCACUGGAGCUGCGACUAUUUAAUACGUCUGACGAUGCCUGUAACCCAGAGAGAAUGUACGACCUGGUUGCUGUAGUGGUGCAUUGUGGGAGUGGCCCAAACCGGGGACACUACAUCAGCAUCGUAGAAAGUCAUGGUUUCUGGCUGCUGUUUGAUGAUGACAUUGUUGAUAAAAUUGAUGCAAGUCAGAUUGAAGAAUUUUAUGGAAUUCCAUCAGACAUGCAGAAAAAUUCUGAGUCUGGCUACAUAUUGUUCUACCAGUCCCGAGAGUGAUUUCCUGGCUUCUGUCUGGUGCAUGGACUUGACAUAUGUGUCAGUACCCUGUCUGGUGUCUACCCAAGCUACAAGAGACUUGACAAGGUGGUCAUACUGUAUCUGGUGUCAACUUUAGCUACAAGAGACUUGACAGAUAUAUGGUUGUGUGUGGUGUCUACCCAGGCAACAAGAGAUUUGACAAAUGUGAAACAUAUCUGUCACUGCUCUACCAGGUAUCUACUGACCUACUGGGUGUACAUGGAUGUCAGUCAAUAUGUACUAUAGUGUAUAGUCAUCCCUAAGACCGUGUGACCUUGAACCUCCAUGCCAGCGUAAUCAGAGACAACUAACAGCUUUAGUAAAAGUAAGAGUAAAAUACUUAA